CGUAACGUACACUGCUUUCAUUGGCUUGUUCGUAAAAGAGAAGUAAAAAUUAACGCUAUAAAGUACGAGUUACGCCUGCAAUUUUCACACUUUACGGAACUUUGGCAUAGCUCUGAAAUAGAAGUUUCUAAGAGGGAUCAAUAAGGUCGCAGACAACUAUCUUUUUUAAAGAGUCUACUUGCUUCUGUUGCGGCAAUGAAGCUAACCAUAGUAGCAGCUCUCCUGGUUGCCAUCACGGUAACAUUGCAUACUGCUGAGGCAAACAUAUUCCGACGGACCUGGAAUUAUGCACGUGACUUUGCCGGCGGAUCACGUGACAUGUGGCGAGCUUACAGUGAUAUGCGCCGUGCGAUCACCAUAGGGGCAGAUAAGUACUUUCACGCACGUGGAAAUUAUGAAGCUGCUCGGAGAGGCACGGGCGGUCGCCAUGCCGCCACUUUGAUCAGCAAUGCUAGAGAGUGGGUACAAGGUGGAAGCGGUCGUGGCGCACAGGACUCCGCUGCUGACCAGGAGGCUAACAGGUGGGGCCGUAAUGGAGGUGACCCCAAUAGAUUCAGGCCAAAUGGCCUUGACCGCCGCUACAAGUAGGGAUAGAAAAACAACAGACAAUGUACAACUAGCCUUAAGAUUCUUAGACUGUUCUAUGUUUUCUUUAUGCUUUUCGUAUCACUGAUGCAACUUAAUGAUAGUGCCUCUGUAUUACUCUCAAAAUAUGUUGACAGUGUUUGUGGAAUCUUUUAAUUGUAUUGUUACAUUACUUACAAAAUAUGUUGACAGUGCUUUCUGCAUUACUCAUAAAAUCAUUUUACAGUGUUUCUGUUUUGUUGACAGUGUUUCAAUAUUACAUAGAUUUUUUUGACAAUGUCUCUGUAUUAUGUCUCUGCAUUACUCAUGAAAUUUGUUGACAGUGUUUCCGCCAUCUUUCUCUGAUUUUAAUUAAACGUCAUUUCUGUU